AUGGAGUAUCUGAGCCGGCUCUCAGGACUGGUUAGCGCUCCUGCCAAAGCGGCUGCAGGCAUCGCUGGCUCGUCUCGACUAGGUAAGAAGCCAUCGCUACACCCUGUAGGUAAUGUGGAUAUCUUUCAUUCCGACUGGCAAGCCGUCCAAGCUGAACUCGAAAAGCCCGAUGAGCGCGCCCUCUUCUUCGGUAUAGCACGUUCCGACCUUCCACGCCGUCUGCAACGCAUUGUCGAUGCCUUGGUCUUCGAAAGCAACCGCAGCAGCGAUGGUCAUCUCGGCCCUUGCAUCGAGUAUCUCCUCAGAUACGAUAUCUUGACCGAGCUAGUCCACCUCUCGCUUGACGACCGACCCAAAGGCAUCCGCGCAGAAACCAUCCGCACACUCACCAACCUUAUCAUCCUGCUCGAUGAGAGCUUUCUGUCUCGCCAAGCUGUCAACAAACCCAUCUCGCAGCUCAUUCAGCUUUGUCUCGACCAAGAUGCCGCCCGCUUCCAACUCGACGAUGAUCUCUUCGAAGCCAGUGGCUCCAGUGCACCAGCCCCUGCUGCCGGCGUAGAGCUGGACUAUCAAGAAGAUCUUGUCGAGCUCAUGUGCCAGAUUGCCAGUCGCAUUCGUAAUACUCCCGAUCUAUUGCAGAUCUUUUUUACCGACGAGCCCGUCGAUGAUGCACACGACCCGUCGGAUGUAAGAAGCCUGAGGGAUGGUUCCAUCAUCGUCAGCCGCGAUCUCUUCAACGACUCCAUGCCUGCGAGCAAUCACACCACCAACAUAGAGCCGGACACAGACUUGACCACUGACCCGCGUCCUCCCUCUCCAGCCGGGUCUGUCGACUCGAUUACCACCAUUCAGCCUUCCACGGCAUACUCGUCACGCAAGCCGUCGAAGCGUAGACUCCGCUUCCCUCUGUUCUCAUAUUUGCUCAACUUCCUUCAUCGUGAAGGUCGCAUCGGAGAGCUUGCAAGGGCGGGUCUAUUGUUUCUCAUUUCGCUGCAAGGUGUUCAGUCGCCGAACAAGGUAGUACAUGGUCUCCCGCCCAAAAGACCGGCAAAGCGGGUCUCUUUUGGCACCGAUGACACCCGACGCUCUCUAGCUGUCUUCAUCGCCCAUUCCGACUUUGCCGAUGUUCUCGGUGCCGGUCUCGGCGCAGCGUACGGUCUUCUUCCCACACGCAUUCGACCAGUGCCGAUAUAUGAUCCCACAGCUGUCGAUAGCGAGCCUUCAUCCAAGGCCAGCGGUGCUGCCAUCACGUUGGCGAGUAGCUCUGCUUCCGAGCCAUCAAAAGAGGGCCAUCAGUCCGAAGCUCUAGCAUCGGCUACGCAGAGCGACGAUGCCGAGUUGCAAGAUCAACUCCGCUUGUUGGUGGAUCUAAUCGAAUUCUGCCAGGAUGUACUAGACUCGCUAUGGCUCGCUUCUAAGCAUCUCACGGAUUCAGCGAAUGGCUACUCGGACGACAUGGAUGAGAAGGCCGCCGAACGAGCCCCCUCAACGCCCACAAUUACGCCCGAUCUAGAUCCAAUGAUCCGCAAGCUAGCGAGAGCGAUCGCCAUGGCCAUUCGCGAUACCUUUAUCCGCAACGUCGUCUACCCUUCGCUCAUGGAAAGCAGCGACUUUGACGGCAGUUCAGCGGCAGUACUCAACUACCUCGAUGUCAUAGUCAUUGUCCUUCGCAGUGGACACAUUCUCACGGAGGUGGCAUUGGACUUUUUGCUUCCAGCAGACCUUUCCCUUGUCGGUGAAGCUGGCUAUGUGCGCGACAUUGACGUACCAGUGGAUGAAACAGAUCGAUACACAGUCAAAGAUCUCAUCCUGGACAGUCUUGAAGAGACAAAACGACCGGCGACUCGCGUUGCCGCGCUUCGACUUGCUCAAAGUCUAGUCGUAUGUCAUGGCUUCCGCGCUUGUGAGGGCCUGUUGCAGCUUGCACCGCGCAAAAGCAUCCCUCCGCCCGCCGAGGAUGGGUUGCCAGAAGCGACCAAAGAGGAGACGGCAUUGAGCACUGUACAGAUGCACUUGCGCGAGAUCGACGCGCUUUCUUCGCUGCUCACUUGCUUCGGCUCGGCUCAGAAGACAGAAACGCUGCAAGCAUCGCUCAGCAACUAUCUGCUGGAUGCCGAACAAGCCCUGCGCCAUGACAGCACCUUCUCUGUCGCGCUUGAUCUUGGUGGUGGUCAGCUGCCACUGAUGGGCAAGGAUCCCUUCGUGCAGCAGUUGUUUGCCGGCCUAUCGACCUUCUUCUCUCAACCAGUCGAGGUGAAUUUGGCAGCAACCGGUGUCAUUUCUGCGCUGGCCUCUUGGCCAAUUAGAAGCCUUGAAGGGUGGCUUACGCAUUCGUCAUGGUCAGAGCAGGAGCAAGAGCCGCCGUUGUUAGAGUUGUUGGCAGCCUUAGUGCAGCAAGUGGCGGCCUAUAGAGAUUCACUAUCGGAAUUUGACAGGUUUUUGGCAGAGAGGAGGAGGAGUUUGGUGUUGACUGAGGAUUUGUCGGCGGCGCUGAAUGUAGCUGAGCUCAGUGGCGAGGAGCAAGGCAACGAGGCUUCAAAGUUGCUGGAUGCAUGUCUGACGCUGCCCCGCAUCACCUCGCAGAGCAGUGGUAGGCUUCAGACGAACGAGCGGGUCCGUGCUGCGGAGAGAGGAUUUGGCAUACUAGAAGACAAACGUGCUUCUCUCGCUGCUUUGCGACCCCCUGCUGCUGCCUCAUCGACGCUUGCACCAACAACUUCAGGUGCGGCAGAGGGUGAGGAAGCAGGAGCCACUCGAAGCAGUGCUCUUGCGCGACUCUUUGGCGGUCGACCCACACGAACUUCCUAUUCGUUUGGCAAAGCCUCCACUAUUACCCCUGUCAUUCCAGCUGGCUCUGCAGAUGCGACACUGGCCCGACCCGGUGUGGGGGACCGCAAGGUCUCAACCUCCACCAUCAAUCCGUAUACAGAGCAUUUUAGAGAAACAGCAGCAGUUGUGCUCAAGACUCAAGCUGCAACAGGUGCCGAAGCUUGGCGACCUCCGCCGACAGCCUCGUCAGCACAGAGUAAGGUGGUGGAGGGGAGGGCGACGUUGUCGAGUGUGCUAGACAACACGAUACUGUUGGAGGAAUGGGUGAAGGAGUUGUUGGCAAUAGUACAGGUUAGGAGGAGUUGGGGCAUUGAUGCUGUUGCGUUCAUCUAG